UCAACAACGGACGUUAGCUUCAUCAGCUAAUUGUAUGUGGAUAAACUAGCUUGCGUUUACCCAUUUCAAGCCAUUUCUUGUGAUAAUGGAAGCUAACCCUCGUGUUUUGGGAACAACAUCCAUCAUAAUUCCCCUUGCCUUACCCAAAGGAACGAAGAAGUUGUGUGAACUUUGUGAAGGAGAAGCGCGCCUGCAAUGCACCGAGUGUCGGGUCACCUUCUACUGUGGUGCAGAGCACCAGCAGGCUGACUGGGUGGGGAUCCACGAGAGAAUCUGUCAGUUGCUUGUUAGAAUUCGCAGGCCGACACUCACAACGUGUCUUGAAAAGGUGAAGAUGAUUGAGAUUUGCAGGUUGGUGGCUCAGAGCAAGCUGUCUGAGGGGAAACACCAGGAAGCUCUGCCUGCCGCCCAGUUCUGCCUGCACUGUUCCAUAGACGUCCAUGGCCCCAGAACUGUCCACAUAUUCCCAGCCUACCUGCUGCUGGCUGAGGUUAACAUGGGUCUGGGUAAUCUACCCCGGGUGGCGGAGCUUCUGUCCCAGGCAGAGUGGGCGGUGUUGAAGAGCCCAGAACACGCAGUCCACCACCGGCUGCACCGGAGCCUUGGUCGCCUCCACACAGUGACUGGGAACCUGGAGGCAGCUCUGUUUCACUUUGCAAAUGAUAUAUACUUUGCCAGUGAGGAGUUUGGUCUGGAUAGCACAGUCACUCGUGGUGGCUACUUUCUCAUGGCUGAUGUGUAUGCCAAACUCGGGCAGAUUGCCAUUGCUCGAUCUUUGUACUCUGAGGUGGCACGGACUUGGAACUGCCAUCUGACCAAACUCUUCGAGAGCCACGUCCAAAAUCCUGACAUAUUGUUGGAGCCCUGUCAUGACGAAGCCCAGCGUGGUGAAGUGAACGAGAUGUUACAAACCAUGUUGGACUUUGGGCAGAAUGACUCCAGAAAAGACAUUGGCAGAUUGCACUUGGUGACUCACUGCCUGGCCAUGCUGUGGUUCCUGGGAGGCGACUCCCUGAAGGCACUGGGAUUUGGCAGCACUGCCCUGCAGGCCAGCCAGCUGAUACCAAACCAUGACCUGACAGAGCCCAUCCAGUGCCUGCUGCAGCUGGUGCAGACUUCUGACUAGUCACCAUACCUGCCCUGCAGAUCCCUCUGCUUGGAGAUCUGCUGCACCGGGACAUCUGUUCAGCCCUACACUGAUUCACCCAUGUCAAUGUAGAAACCACUGAAUUGGUAACAAAUAGAAAAGUUUAUGAGUACAGAGCUUAUGAUGUCAUUUUGGGUUUAUCCAGAUGCUGUGAAUUGGUAUUGCAAGCGGAAAAUGAAAAACAAUGGGGGGA